AUGGAGCCAGUAAUCCACACUUUAUUUGAGCCUAAAACAAGCACCUGGCAGUACAUCGUGGCCUGCCCAACGACGAGAGAAGCAGCCAUCAAUGACCCCGGCCUUGACUACGAACCGACCGUCUUUACAAUAACCAGUCGCUCGGCCGACGCCCUACUUUGUAUAAUCCGCGAAAACGAAUACACUGUUACCUGGAUCUUGGAAACACACGUGCACGGCGACCACCUUACCGCCGCUUAUGACAUACAACAUGCACUCUGGAAAAAUGGCCACCUCUAUGUCCCAAUUGCAAUUGGUGAAAACGUUACUUAUACCCAGAAGGUUUUCUCAAGUCGGUAUGAUGUUCCAGAGGAAGAACUACAGUAUGCUUUUGGGCAUCUAUUCGGUUCGGAUGAGGAAUUCCAGAUCGGCAAUCUGACAGCGACCGCACUACAUCUGCCCGGACAUACGCCCGAUCAGAUGGGCUAUCUCAUCGGGGAGAGUAUAUUUACUGAGGGUAGUAUUUUGAAUCCGGAUGUUGGUAGUGCGCGCUGCGAUUACCCUGGUGGGGAUGCUAGAGUCCUUUUCGCAUCGAUCAAACGCCUGCUCUCCUUUCCUCCCAAUACGCGACUGUAUACUGGACAUGACUACCCGCCGGCAAACGAAGCUGCGGCUCGAGAUCCUAUACCAUAUGUGACGGUCGGCGAGCAGAAAGAAAUGAACAAACACAUCAAAAAUAGUGCUGAGGCAGAUUAUUUCGUUCGCAGGAGGACCGAGCGUGAUAAUGUCCUCACCGCGAAUCGUACAUCAAGCGAUGCAGGUUAA